AUGAUGAAAAAUAUUCAUCUAAAAAGAUUUUUGGAUUACAGGGAUCAAAUAUUAAAAUGGAAUGGUUGGGGAUAUGUAGAUUCGUAUUUUGAAGUUAGAAAUAUAAUGGAUGUAGUUUUAACAGGUAAUAGGUACGAUAUCUCAGGCCAAAGCCUGCCGUAUCUCAUCAAAUAUAUGUCUGAGAAACUUAAUGUUGAUAUUAAUUACAAAACUCCUAGUUUACGUUAUGAAGACUUAAUUAUACCUCAUCCCAUACACAAUCUAGAUUUUAUCAGCUUUUUACAAUCUAGUAAAAUUUCAUUUUCUGAUAGACCGAAUUAUCGACUAAUGCGGUCUCAUGGACAUACAGUACAUGAUAUCGUGAAUUUGCGAUCAGGUUCACUAGGACGCAUUCCAGAUAUUAUUGUUUGGCCAAAAAGUGAAGAAGAAAUUUUGAUGGCAAGUGGAAAAAAUUUUGAUGUUGUCAUUAUUCCGAUUGGUGGCGGAACUUCGGUUACAGAAGCGUUGAAAUGCCCAGAAGAUGAAGCUCGAACCAUUUGCUCGUUAGAUAUGGCAUUAAUGGAUAGAAUUAUUUAUAUUGACGAAAAAAAUUUCCUUUGUCGUGCACAGGCUGGAAUAAUUGGACAAAACCUAGAAAGACUACUCAAUGAAAAAGGUUAUACUUGCGGUCAUGAACCGGAUUCUGUGGAAUUUAGUUCAUUAGGAGGAUGGAUUGCGACAAGAGCAUCAGGAAUGAAGAAGAAUAAAUACGGUAACAUUGAAGAUUUGUUGGUGCAUGUUUCAUUCGCCACUCCUAUAGGGAUUAUCCGAAGACAAUGUCAAGUUCCUCGAUUAUCUGGCGGACCGGAUCUGCAACAAGUGAUUCUUGGUUCUGAAGGAAUUCUUGGAGUUGUCACUGAAGCAACAUUGAAAAUUUUCCCCAAGCCAGAAGUAAAAAAAUAUGGUUCAUUUUUGUUCCCAACAUUUGAAAUCGGUGUAAAUUUUUUCCGUGAUGUUGCGAAGCGGUUAGUAUUUCAGCAGUGCCAGUGUGCUUCAAUGCGGUUAGUUGAUAAUGAGCAGUUUCUAAUGGGACAGGCAUUAAAAACUCACAAUGGUUCCUUAUUGACAGGUUUCCGACACACUUUGGAAAAGCUGUACGUUACUAGAUGGAAAAAUUUCAAUGUAUAA